GAGAUGUGAGCGAUUAAGUCUCUAUACUCUAUUAGUAUGUAGUGUGCUUCAAUGUUUAUGCACAGAUCUCCUAGCUGACUCACAUAGUAUAGGUUACAUACAAGUCCUCGAUGGUAGCGCUUCUGAAAGACGCAAAUAUGGAUGUAGAUAUGGAUACGCACCCUGAUUGGGAGACCGACCUGUUCCAGUGGGGACGGUGUCUGGGCUGUCGGCCGCUAGAUGUCAAGGUCGAUACUGCACCAUACGGUGGACGGUGCUUACUUUGCACUACCGCAAAGGAUGUUGGCGAUUUGAUUGUAUCCAUACCAAGACAAAUGGUGAUAACAGCGCAAAGCGUCACAGAAAAGGACGAAAGAAUCGGUAAACUUGUACAGAAUCUGCCGGAUGAGAUCGCUUCUGGAAAAACGACUCUGACCCUGAUGCUUUUCCUUAUCGCAGAAAAGAACUCCGGUGCCGAUUCCUUAUACCAAGAGUACAUCAACACCAUUCCUGUCACGUACACGACCCCCUUCUACGCGUCAGACGAGCACGUGCAGUCGAUGCUGGCUGGCACACCCUUACUAUUUGUGUAUCAAUCCGUAAGAGAGGAGUUGGUGUCGAACUUCAAAGCGCUGUGUGAGACGAUAACGAAAUUCUCCGAUCUCUCACCAAUCACGUGGGAGGAGUUCCUGUGGGCGUAUCAUGUGGUGGAGAGUCGCAGUUUUACUACCAUGAUGGAUGGCCAAGAGACCAACAUGCUCGUGCCUCUUGUAGACCUCGCAGACCACCAUCCCACGGAGGGCAGGCGCGUCACCAAAAUGUUCAAUAGUGAGACUCAGUGUUUCGAGGUGAAGGCCGCGUCUAAGUUCGCCGCUGGUGAGCAGUUAUACCUCCAGUAUGGAGAUGUACAGAACUGGCAAUUAGUUAUCUACUACGGUUUUGCCCUCCACGACAAUGUGUUCGACAGUUUUGAUAUCAACUUGGAACUACCCAGUGAUGAUACACCGGCGGAUAGUAUGCGACGAUCGCUGCUACUGACACUGGGCGAGAACUCAGGGAUGUUCAAUACAGAGAAUAAGCUCUCGAUUGGUGCGGAUGGUGCUUUUGUUGUAACCCCCACACUACUCCCGACUUUACGAUUACUCACAGCGGACGGCGUUCUUUUAGAAAAAAUGACCGUUCAAAACCUCGAAACGUACAUUAAAGACGCAUCCGCCAGCAAGGAGAGAGAGCUCCGGAUGUUCGAAUCGCUCUCGGCCAUGUUCAAAGCGACACUGGAAGCAUACCCCACCCCAUUGGAUGACGAUCUCGCCAGAUUGAGUGAGGAUGGAGUAUCUUCGUUCGAAACCGCCUGUUUAGUGUACAGGAUUGGUCAAAAAAGGUUACUCACGGCAGGCCUAGGGUGGGUAGAUCAACAGCGCCGGUCGCUGUGAUUACUCUGAAUUUACUCAACUAUAAAUCGGGCCCAAGUGCAUCUCCAUCGUACGAG